AUGCUGCCGGCGUCCGCCUCCGCUUUCAAGGCGCCUGCGUCUGCCGGGCUGGGCACGCCCGCCGCGACGCCAGCACGACCCGUCACCACCGCCGCCGCCGCAGCCACCGGCGGCCGCGAGGAGGUCGGGGCCGUGGGAUGCGCGGGCGGCGCCGCGCUUUUUGGCGCGGACGGCGGCGAUGAGGCGGCUGAGCGGGAUGAUGAGUUGGAGGCGGAUGAGGGGGAGGAGGACGGCGAGGAGGGCGGCCGGGGGCAGCCUGGCCAAGGGCGCGGCGGCGUCGAGGGCCAGGGCCAGGCGGCCGAGUCGCCAGACGUCAUUCGAGAGACGGACGAGCAGGGGGAUGACGCGCACCUGUUUGAGGGCGGCGGCGCGGGCGAGGGUGAAGAGAGGGCGGACGCGGAGGGGGCGGGGACGGAGGAGGAAGGCGAGGAGCAGGAGGUGAUGGAUGAGGAGAGAAAUGAGGAGGAGGAGGAGGAGGAGGAGGGCGUAGAUGCCGAAGGCGCCGGCGGCGCGCCGCUGCUCGCGGGCGGCCCCCUGCAGGCCAUCCCCGAGUGCGGCGAGCGCACUGCCGUGCUCGCAGAGGCGGAGGCCGCCGCGGCCGCGGCGACGGCGCCGGCGCCAGCGGCGCCGGUCGGGACGCACGGCACGGAGGCGCCGCUCGACUUGGGGGGCUGCCAUGGGGGCGGCGGCGGCGGCGGCGUGGAGGGGUUGGAUGGGGAAAUCGAGGAGAGCGAACAUGAGGGUGAGGAGGAGGAGGAGGGAGAGGAUGACGAGGACGGCGACGGCGACUUCCCUCCGACCGCCGGGGGGGACGAGGUGCUGUCUGAGUCAGCGGACAACGGGCGGCGCGCGGCUGGCGGCGCCGGGGCGGCGCUCGCGACGCUCGCAACGGCGGCGGACGAGCAGGGGCAGGAGCGGGGGGAGGAUGAGGAUGAGGGGCCGAGCCAGGGGCCUUUGGCAGAGGGCGGGGGCGAGGGGCCGGCGGCGCCACAGCCGCGGAGCCAGGCGCUGUCUGACCGCAGCAACCAGGGGCGCCCCGGGCUUUUCGGGGACCUGACAGGCAGCGCCGCCUGCGGCAGCGCCGGCGAGGGUGCUGAGGCGGAGGCGGGCGCGGGCUGGGCCGCCGGCGGCAAGGCGGCGUUCGCGGAGGCGCGGCGGCCGGAGGGGACGGCUGCGGGGUACGAGCGCUACGGGGUGGCCGCCGGCGGCGGCGGGGGGGACGGGGCGGAUGAGAAUGCUGGGCUGUAG